GUGGGCGUGGUCCUGAUAUGGAGACUUUGUUAAUUAAAAUAUAGUUCUGGCACUAGCACUCUGUUCUGCUAUUCUUUUUAAGAUGGCUUAUCAGUGGAAUGAUUUUCGUAGUGCUCCUGCUACCUACCUGCUGACAAGAAAGGGGAAUCUUGAAUCAUUGAUAGCAGCAAUGACACAGGUUAUUUGUUCUGAGCAGGAGAAAGAUGAGCAACUGAAGAUUCUCAUCCUUACAACAUGGCAAGAAACUGCCCAAGUUCUGUUUAAAGAGUCUAGCAGAUUGGAGUCAGUGAUUUCAGCUCUGAAUGAGGCAUUUAGGCAGCAGCGAAGCACAGCUGGUGCAUUCUUUCUCUCACAGAUCUUGUGUACCAUCACAUCUCUUUUGAUUCAAAUGGAGGAGUUGUUGACAGAACACCAAGUGUACCUUGUGGAUUUCAUUGUUUUCUUGUUUGAAAUCGUUGAAAAGGUUAAGUCAGAGUCGAACCUUCUGCUCAAGUCAAUGGCAUGUGACUGCCUUACUGAGUUAGAGAUGUCAUAUCCAGGCUUGCUUGCAUCUAAAGUUGGCCAUUUCUACGGUAUGAGUCAAGCUGAGAACUCGUAUGUACAUCAGCACUACACUAUGCUCUUCACAACUGUGCUGAAUAAUGCUGUGCAGCUAUUUAUCCUGCAACAGCAUGGGAACAGCAUUCAAGCUCAAGACAAUCUUGUUGAUCUCCUCUCUCACUCAGACCCUCUCAGGUCAUUCAAGCUUCCAGAAACUUUCAAGGAACAUGCUCAAACUAUCUUAACAAAGCCUGCAUUGAGCAGCUCACUGGUAGCAGAGAGAUUCAGUGAGGUCAAGAAAGGAGUGCUUUCUGUUAUAGACAACUCAUAUCUGCUCUCUCCACCAUGUCUAUCAAAUGUCGCACACAAGUUGAUCUCAAUUGUGGAUAGUUGCCGUUCCCUGUCUCCAAAGGUACUGAAGAGACUGCUCAGCCAUUCCUUUUCACAUGACAUACAACUUUUCCACUUAGUUCUCUCUUUGAGGGGAAAGUUUGGUGGAGAUAUAUGUGACAGUGGUGACAAUCAAGAUAUCCAUACAAGGCAGUUGAUUCAUGCUGGUCAGCCACGAUUGUCUGACGAACAGAGAGCUCUUGUGUGGGGCUGGCUACUGGAGAGGCUGCGUACUGAGGGCGACGUAGGGAGAGAGAUAACUAGUCCUGUGGACGAGGGGCUGCUCUCAGUGGAGGAGGAUCUCAGCCAAAGGAUUGUGACCCCAACUGUGUUUGAUUCACUAGAUAUCUUCCUAUGCAAGUGUAAAGCACUGUUCAGAGAAGAUUACUACGCUAACAGUAUUCUUUGUAAGCCCAUUCGUCAGAUAGCCAGCAAUGUGCUGAAGAUGGUGCAGUACGACAUGGGUGGUCCACCUGCUGUGACCCUCUACAAAGUGCUGCUUGCCUACCUUCAAGUUGACUCCGAUCACAACUCCAGCAGAACAAAAGAAGUAGAAAAGCUUGUGUUGGACAUCACUUUAGCCCACCCUCAGCUUAUCCCUCACACUAUCGACUUCAUAGGUGCUGUGCACAAUUCUCAUCCAGACAGUUCCCUUCCUCUCAACGUUCUCUCAGAGAUAACUCAGUAUCUUGUCACAGUUGAGCUCUCCCAAAUCCUCAUAUAUCUCUAUCUCCACUUGUUGUUCAUCAGGCAUGCUGCAACCAACCCUCAGAUCAGUCCCAUUGUACUGGUCCAGCUACUACUGAGAAUUUUGAAGGAGAGCUCAAUUUGUGAGAGUGGUGUUUGGGACAUUGGCAACUUAAUUCUGGAUAUAUGCACCACACUGAUGCAGCUGCACCAAACUGAGCUUAUCUUCAAUGAUCUGUCAACCUUGCUGCAGCUCCUUGCUCAUCGAUACAAGGACUUGGACAUUCGUGACAGAUCUAGGUUUUAUCACCAGCUUCUUCUUACUGUGUCGGGAGAAAAGCUUUUCGCCAUCUUGUCUCUAGCAUCUGACACAGCCACUGGCUCAAGCUUAGCUGCCAUUGUUGAAGCCAGGAUAUCUGACAACGCCUUCCCCUCUGCCCCUACCGUCCGUGUGCUUAGGGCACUGGAGUCCAGCACUUUUCUGUCACUAUCCCGAGAGGAAGGGAAUGAGACAGUUAACCAUUACCAACCAGCAUCUGAGGGACAGGACUCAGAUUCCUCACUGCAAUGUGAGAGGGCAGGUUCAGGAGAGGAGACCACGAGGAAGUUUCCAAUCAAACUGCAAUACCGUGUACACUAUGAAAAAAAACCUAAAGAUAUUUCUCAGAGGAUAUUUGCUUUGGUUUUAAAGUUGAGCACUAAUGGACCUUACUACUCCUCCCCAGAUAUUUUCCUACCGUGUCUUUGUGCAAGCAACAGGGUUACUUCUGAGAGUUCAAAGAUGAUCACUCUGUCGUUCUAUCCUAAGCAACCAGUACCUGCUGAAUUCAAUAUCAAUGUGACAUUUAGCACUGAUGACGGUUUAUCUUAUUCUGUGGCACUGGAUCCCAUCAAACUAGAGUUUAGUGACCUCUUUCAACCAGUAUGCAUUCCUCCGUCAGUUUCAGCAAGCAAACUGUUCGAAUCACUGUGGACGGCUCUUGAAGCAUCAGAUCACAAAGGAACAAAGGACUCACAAGGGGUACUGUCGAUCCAGCAUCUUCCCAAAGACCAGAAUGAGUGGAGUUUCAACUGUGCACAGCUUCAUGCAUUUGAAAUUCACUGUGAACUCAACCAAGAUAGUCAUGUGCACAAGGUGAUGAUUUUCCUCCCUCCAUCCUUCUAUCUACUGCUACAGUUUCAAUUGCAUGAAGACAUGUCAAGCGUGUUCAUAGCAACGGACAGUUGGGAUGUUCUCCCUCUAGCUCAUAGAUUUCUACAGCAACUGGUUUCAAACUGAUGAAUACUUUUGUGUUUUGUUGUGCAGCUAAAUAAUAAUUUUCGUUAUGAAACACUUUAUUCCUCACGAUCAGAGCUGCAUAAUACA